AUGCCGCCGAAGCGUGGGAAAAAGGGAGCGGUGGCUGAAGACGGGGAAGAGCCCAAGAUUGAACCGGAGGCCAAGAAGCGUAAGACCGGAGCAGGAGCAAAGAAAAAUGAAAAAGAGGCAGCAGGAGAGGGGUCAGUCGUAUAUGAGGACCCCCCAGAUAAGAAAACCUCGCCCAGUGGCAAAUCAGCCACCCUCAAGAUCUGCUCCUGGAAUGUGGAUGGGCUUCGAGCCUGGAUUAAGAAGAAAGGAUUAGACUGGGUAAAGGAAGAAGCCCCAGAUAUCCUGUGCUUGCAAGAGACCAAAUGUUCAGAGAAUAAACUACCAGCUGAACUUCAAGAGCUGCCUGGACUAUCCCAUCAGUACUGGUCUGCUCCUUCAGACAAGGAAGGAUACAGUGGUGUGGGCCUACUCUCUCGCCAGUGCCCGCUCAAGGUCUCAUAUGGCAUUGGUGAGGAGGAACAUGAUCAGGAAGGCCGAGUGAUUGUGGCUGAAUAUGAGGCAUUUGUGCUGGUAACAGCCUAUGUGCCUAACGCAGGCCGAGGCCUGGUGCGCCUGGAGUACCGACAGCGCUGGGAUGAAGCCUUUCGCAAGUUCCUGAAGGACUUGGCCUCCCGCAAGCCCCUUGUGCUGUGUGGGGACCUCAAUGUGGCUCAUGAAGAGAUUGAUCUUCGCAACCCCAAGGGGAACAAGAAGAAUGCUGGCUUCACCCCACAAGAGCGGCAAGGCUUUGGGGAAUUGCUGCAGGCUGUGCCGCUGGCUGACAGUUUCCGGCACCUCUACCCCGACACUGCCUAUGCCUAUACCUUUUGGACUUACAUGAUGAAUGCUCGAUCUAAAAACGUUGGUUGGCGCCUUGAUUACUUUCUGGUGUCAAAUUCUCUGUUACCUGCAUUGUGUGACAGCAAGAUCCGUUCCAAGGCUUUGGGCAGUGAUCACUGUCCCAUCACCUUAUACCUAGCACUGUGA